UCAAGGGUUUAAGGUUUAGGAUUUAGAGUUUAGGGUUUAGUGUUUUAGUGUUUAGUGUUUUCGAUCUAGAGUCUAGGGUUUAUCUAAGGGUUUAGGGUUAUUGUGUUCCAGAUAAGGGUAAAAAUAGUUUUUCAAAAAAGAAAAAAUUUCUAAUUACUAUUAUUUUUUAUAUUUAUUUUUUUUUAUUUUCAAAACAUAAUAUAACUUGACAAUAUUUUAUUUCUUUUACUAUAAAAUAUCGAAUAUGAAAUAAUUAGAACCCAAGAAUAACUCUAAAUUAAAUCAUUAUAAAACUAGUUUCUGAGUACUUCGAAUUUUAUUUUCGUUUUGUUAUUAAGUCAGUAGAUCUAGAUCGGCCGCUCGAUUUAGACUUACCGCAAUUCCAGCACAGGGGCCAUGUAUAGAUUUUGGUUUACAUACUCGUUUAUCUUUCGAAAAUCUUUUUUUUCAAUACAUACUUCGUUUGUUGCUCUGCAUUUUCGUGCAUUUCUGUUAUUCGACCAAAACAACCUUUGACCUCUGUUUGGAGACCAAGAAAAUUAUAAGGAGACUUCUUUAGCGACUUUUUCUUUUUGACACUUUGGGUUUGAUUUUAUCUUUUGGCCCAUUUUGACGAGAAAGGUGAGCCCACAACAAAAUACAACGGAACAGAACGUGAUAUGCAGAUUCCGAUCUUUUUCUUUGCUUUUAAUCUUUAGUAUUCACGAAAUCAUGAUGGACAAUCAUAAUUUCAAACCGAGGUUAUGAUGAGAUUGAUAUCGGGGACGUUCCCGUCCGUCAAGCCUCGCGAUCACAACCCUAUCUCUAAAUCGAAAACGUUGAAAACCCAAUUCCCGAUUUCUUCAUCCACUUCUUCCCAACAAAACUCCAAGGUUUCAAACCCCAAAUCAUGGUCCGUCUAUCUCAUUCUCUCGACCAAGGAACCCAUCAAAACCUAUGUCGGCAUCACCACCGAUUUCGCACGCCGAUUAAAGCAGCACAAUGGUGAAAUCAAAGGAGGUGCAAAAGCUUCAAGUGCAGGAAGACCUUGGCUCUGCGCCUGCAUCAUCACUGGAUUCACUUGUCUAAGCAAAGCUUCCUCGUUUGAAUCGAAAUGGAAGAUCUUCACCAGAAAGUUACCGAGGAGAAAGAAAGGCGAGGAGAUGAGUCAGAGUGAAGCUUUGUUGCAACACCGGAGGAGAGCAUUGGAUAAAGUCCACGACUCACUAGAAUGCAGUCACCUCCAAACUGACUGGAAAAUUGCGACCAGGUAAAACACAACUAACUUAUGUUGGGACUUCAGAAAGAGUAGUAGAACCCCAUGAGAUCUUGUCGCUUUUGAGGAACGCACUAUUCCAAUGUAUUGGUACACAAAACGUAAAAGCAAAUGUAUUAAAGAUUUGAUUUGGUUUUUGUCGGCAGUAUGUAUAUAAAUAAAAUAAUCAGCUUUAAGUUUUAAGAUUGUAAAAUUUUAAGUUAAAAAAUAAUAAUUGUGAACUUUAAAUUGGUGUUU